CUGCAGCCGACGGCACGAAGUCACGUGGGGGGGAACGGGGCCGCGGAGCGGUCCGUUCGGCGGUGUCGCGGCGAUGCCGGUGGUCGCGCUGCGGGUCCCGACGCCGUAGCGACUGCCUUCGCUUCCUUCCUGCUGCCGUCCCCGGGCGCUCCCCGCUUCGCCGCAACCGUCCGUCCCGGAGCGUGCGAAUUAGUAUUCACCGGCUGGCGCGCCCGUUCCGGCGCGUGGGAAAGCCUGGCUUCGGUCGCUCAGUGCUCGCCGCUGCGGUGGGCGCGGGAUGGCGGGCGUGGAACUGUUCUCGCACCCAACGCUUCACACGCGCUACCGAGCUGGGCUCUGCUCCGCUGCCGUGCUGGCGCUGCUGCUCAUCGCCGUGCUCACCUACGUGCCGCCGUUGCUGGUGGCCUACAGGAGCCACGGUUUCUGGCUGAAGCAGAACGCGUACCGAGAGCAGCCCACGGUCCGCUUCCGGUACGAGGUACUUUUCGUGGCCACCACCGGGCCUGGCCCGGGUAGCUUCCUGGCAUGGAGCACGUUCCCAGCGUUCAACCGGCUCCAGGAGGACCGACUGCGCGUCCCGCUCGUGUCGACUAGAGAAGAAGACAAAAAUCAAGAUGGCAAAACGGAUCAGUUGCAUUUUAAAUUAGAGCUUCCACUACAACCUACAGAGCACGUAGUUGGUGUUCAGCUGAUUUUGAUCUUUUCCUACCACCUUUAUAGAAUGUCGACAUUCGUGAUGCAGAGCAUGGCUUUUCUUCAGUUUUUUUCUCCUGUACCGGGAUCUCAGCUCUAUGCGAAUGGAGACCUGAAACUGAACCAGAGGCAAUUACUUAACCAUUGUGGGCUAGAUACCAGAUACAAUGUGUCUGUGGUCAAUGGCACAAGUCCUUUUGCAAGUGACUAUGAUCUAAAAAACAUCAUUGCAGCGUAUCGAGAUAGAAAUGUGACGACAGUAUUUUCAGAUCCUAACCCCAUUUGGAUGACUGGAAGAGCAGCAAAUACACCAUUUAUCAUUGAUGCCACUAUUCAUUACCCGGUGGAAGUUAUCUUAUAUCAGCCAGGAUUUUGGGAAAUGAUUAAAUUUGCCUGGAUCCAGUAUGUCAGCAUUCUCCUCAUCUUUCUUUGGGUGUUUGGUAGGAUUAAAAUGUUUGUGUUUCAGAAUCAGGUGUUUGCUACGACUCCAGUUUCGCCAAUUCUGCCAUUGUCUCCAGUAUUGUCCUACAAACAGCAUCAGUCCUGAGGAAAUGCCUGAAAACUUUUAAGAAAUGUGGUUUAAAAAUAAAUACCUGCUUUUUUUUUCUCUGUACUUUUUUUUUCUUUAGAAGAUCAGAACCUUGUAAGUAUGUUCUAAGUAUGUUCUGUUCUUGCUACAUCUUGUGAUGAAAGGAUGUCAUUUUCUUUUUUUAAAGAUGUGCGUGUUUAUGUAUUUCUAUACUAACAUUUACAACAUUGCUUUGGGACUGAAAUGUUUAAUUUUGAGCAGUUGAAGAACUUGGUUUGUGGGUUUUGUUAUUUUUUUUUCUCCAACAGGAUUACACUUGAAAAGAAAAGAAAACAACAACAACAACAAACCCAACAAAAAAAAACACAACCCCAAAAACAGAAUUCAGUGAGCUGCUUUUGAAUUACCUAAAUUUUGUUAAACCACGAAGAUUGAAAAUAAUAUGAUAACCAUAAUAAUGAGCUAUUUGUACUGUGUUUUUAAUCAAUUCACUAUUGCUAGGGUUCAGCUAAUAGCUACUUAUAUAUCCACUUGUGUGCUAUAAAAGGGAAAAAUAUAUAUGAUAUAUAGGGAAUGUGACUGUAACUCAUUCUUUUUUUUUUCCUUUUUUUUUUUCUGUAACCUUGGUUAUAAGUGUCCACUGACUGUUAUUAAAUUUGUUGAUGGAAAAAUUAAGGCUGAUCUGAGAAGCUGGGUUCUAGGUGAUGGUAUCUGCAAGGUUUGUACAGUCAUUUACUAUUGGUAAUAUUACUGUAACUGUAAGCUAUUAAUUGGGAAUAUCAAAACACAGAAGCAUAGUGUUUCACAAAGAAAAUGUAACAGACUACCAAAGAAACUUCAGAGUUCCGAAGCAAAUGAAUAAUUAUUUUCAGAAUUUAUGAUAAUUCAGAAUAUAGUAAAAUGAAACUAAUAGUAAUUCCUGCUGAAAACUGGAAGACUGUUCCUCAUUCUUGGAGGCAGGUGGGAAAGAUGACUUAAGCCCAGAAAGAGAAAAUAGGCGAAGCAAUUUGUUUGUUUGUUUUCAUUUGGGGCUUAUGUUUCUGAAUUUGUUACUAUUCAAUUCUAGCAAAGUGGUAUUACGGCAGGAGGGAUUCUAAAACAAUUCUGGGUAUUAUUUAACAAAAUUCUCUUGAACCAUGGUGUAGCUAAUAAAGGUGAAAGAAUAAUUUGUAGAGAAUUGUAUACAGUUUCUUUUGGCUGUUGCCUUCCAGAAUUCAGUAUCUUGGUAGUUAAAAAAAACAAUCUGCCCAUUCCUUUUCAUCUUCUCAGAAUAACCAGCUUCCUUUGAGGUUUUGUUUAAAUUUCUUUGGAACUUUGCAGUCUGGUUACUUCCAUUUCUCUCAAUCUUUACGUGCUAGAUGGACUCCAUCCCAGCUUAUUCUUGAACACAAGUCCUAAUGCUAAUAUAGGAGGGCUGUCUUGGUUAUCCAGCACAUCUUCUGCUUCUGAAACUUUACACAGUUGUGAACUGUAAAUUGUUCUAUCUGUACUUGCGGGUAAGUAUAUUUCAUUUGAAGUCUCCUGUUUGCACUUUGAACCUCUGAGCUCUGUUAGAUUAUAUCAUAUUCAUAACUUGAUAGCUUAUGAAUACAGAAAAUUGACUUUGUAUCAGAGUGUCUGGUGUCAAAGCAACCGUUAAUUGCUUUUUAGCCUUUCCGGGCACUAACAAGAAUAAAUGUUGGUUCCUGGGAGAUCGUUUACUCGGCAUCUGAAAUUGAUAUUUAUAGCUGGUCUGCUGUAGUCCCUGCUCUUCUCCUUUACAGUUCUGCUGGUGCUUAUGUGGCUGCAGGAGUUAGCUCAGGGAGCUUAUUAUGGCGAGGAUUGUACGAAACAUACUCACUUCUUAAGACUGAUCAGUUAUUGAUGAAUGUGGUAUGUGUUUGCACAAGCAUUAGUAUGCACAUGAGCAAGGACUAGAAAUAUCUGAAGGGACCUUAGGACCCCAUUUUAGGGGGUUGACUUUUUGUUCUCUCACAGCAAUGGAAUUUAUAACACUCAAAAGGUGAGCAGGCAUCUGCUUAAACUAGCAUCUGGAAGAUGAAAGAGGAUGGGGGCUGAGAGAGCUGGGGUUCUCCUUCUGGGGAAAGGAGAAGGCUGCAAGUGACCUGAUGGUGGCCUUCCAGUAUCUAAAGGGAAGCUACAGGAAAGAAAGAGACAGACUAGCAGCAUCUGUGGUGAUAGACCAAGGGGAAGUGGUUUCAGGCUCAGAGAGUAGAUUUAGGUUAGUUAUAAGGAAAAAGCCUUCUACAGUAAAGGGUGGUGAGGCACUGGAACAGACUGCUCUGUAAUGUGGUUGAUGCCCUGUCUCUGGAGACUUCAAAGGUGAAGCUGAGUCAGGCACUGGGCAACCUGAUCUUGCUGUAGUGUUUCUGUUUGUUGCAGGGGAGACUAGAAGGCCUUCAGAGGUCCCUUCCAGCUCUAAGGAUUGUAUGAUGAUGACGGGACAACAAUGCUAAUGGGAGAUACCUUUACUGUUCUAUCCUGUUAUAUUCUUCCUUAUUAAGUUGUGAUAAGUAAGACUUAUGAGAGCAACAGUCUAUGAGAUUAGAAAUGAUGAAUAGGUCUGGUUCAGGAAAUAGAGAGAACAUUCUUUGUGUUUUUCUUCAGGACAGAGCUGGGGAAGAAAAAUGCAAUACAGAACAUAUGAAAACUGUGUAAAUAAAAGAAACAGGUGGCCUUAGCUCUAAGGGAGCUUUAAGAAAGUGUUUCUUAGAAGACUGCCUGUAAGGAUUCUUCCUUUAUCUUGCUGAACAACAGUAAAUAAAAAUACCACUGCAAAUCAACGCCACACCGCUACACAGAACUACUGUGUACGUAAUUCCUAGAGAGCUAUCUAAGCCUUGUUCAGUGAUGAGGCCACAAAGGUGUGCAAAAAUGAGUUGGAUGUUAGGAAGUGUCUUGUUAUCAGAAAAGUGAAGUCGUGGAUUAAAAUUUUUGCACAUGAACAAAAGUAGAAAUGUAGAUGAUUGGGGUCCCAAGUAUGUAAGAGAAUACCUUAGGAGAUUUUUUUUUAAGA